AAAGAGAACAGUUGGUAUCCGGAGGAGCCGGGCGCUGAAGGAGCUGGAAGAGCGCAGCUGCCAACGUGUGCCCUGCCUGCAGCUCCCAAGACAGCUUACCAUGGCAUCUGGAUCCACUACAAUGAACCCCAUCUGCCUGGUAGAAAACCAGAAAAAUCAGCUGAGAGUAAAUCCCAAAGCACUUGAGAUUCUCGACAAGAUCUCUCAGCCUGUGGUGGUGGUGGCCAUUGCAGGGCCAUAUCGGACAGGAAAAUCCUAUCUAAUGAACCGCCUGGCAGGGCAGAACCAUGGUUUCCCUCUUGGCUUCAUGAUGCACUCUGAAACCAAGGGCAUCUGGAUGUGGUGUAUGCCGCACCCCUCCAAGCCAAAUCACACUCUGGUCCUUCUGGACACUGAGGGUUUGGGUGAUGCAGAAAAGGGGAACCAAAAGAAUGACUCGUGGAUCUUCGCCCUGGCCGUGCUUCUGAGCAGCAUGUUCGUCUACAACAGCAUGGGCACCAUCAACAACCAGGCCCUGGAGCAGCUGCACUAUGUGACUGAAUUAACACAGCUAAUCAGGACAAAAUCCUCUCCCAGCUCUGGUGAAGAAGAUGACUCAGCCGAGUUUAUGAGUUUCUUUCCAGAUCUUAUCUGGGCUGUACGUGAUUUCAUGCUGCAGCUGGAGAUGGAUGGACUCCCCAUCACUGAAGAUGAAUACCUGCAGAAUGCCUUGAAGUUGAUUCCAGGUGAGGAUCCUCAAAUCCAAAAAGCCAACUUGCCUAGAGGAUUUAUCAGAAAGUUCUUUCCAAGGAGGAAUUGCUUUGUCCUUGACCGGCCUACAAAUGACAAAAAAUUAUUGCAGCAUAUGGAAGACAUGCCAGAAAACCAACUAGAUUUGAAUUUCCAAGAGCAAUCCAAAAAUUUCUGUCAAUAUAUCUUCACACAUGCAAAAACCAAAACCAUAAGACAGGAAAUCAUUGUCACUGGGAAUGGGCUGGGGACUCUGGCAAAGGCCUAUGUGGACACCAUCAACAGUGGAGUGGUGCCUUGUUUGGAGAACGCAGUGGCAGCCCUGGCCCAGCUUGAGAACUCAGCGGCCCUGCAGAAGGCAGCCGACCACUACAGCCAGCAGAUGGCCCAGCAAGUGAGGCUCCCCACAGACACGCUCCAGGAGCUGCUGGACCUGCACGCGGCCUGUGAGAGGGAAGCCAUUAAAGUGUUCAUGGAGAACUCCUUCAAGGAUGACAAUCAGGUGUUCCAGAAAAAGCUUAUGGAAACCAUAGAGAUGAGGAAGGAAGAUUUCUUCCUUCAGAAUGAAGAGGCAUCUGGUAAAUAUUGCCAGGCUCAGCUAAAGCAGCUUUCAGAGCCCUUAAUGGAAAGUAUUUCAAGAGGAACUUUCUCUGUGCCUGGAGGAUACAAUCUCUACUUAGAAACAAUGGACAACAUUGAACAAUCCUAUAAUCUGGUGCCCAGGAAAGGAACUAAGGCAAACGAAGUCUUCCAAAGCUUCCUGCAGGCACAGGCUGCAACAAAGGAAUCCAUCCUGCAGGCAGACAAAGCCCUUACUGCUGGGGAGAAGGAUCUGGCAGCUGAGCGUGCCAAAAAUUGGGAAACUGAGAAGGAGCAGGAGCUGGUAAGGCAGAAACUGAAGGAACAGCAGGAAAAAUUGGAGGCUCAAGAGAAAAGCUUCCAGGAAAACUUAGUGCAACUGAAAGAGAAGAUGAAGAGAGGAAGUGAGAACCGACUAAGAGAGCUGGAGAGAAUGCUGGAGUACAAGUUGAAGAUCCAAGAAGAACUACUUACUGAGGGAUUUGAAAAGGAAUCUGAGAAGAUGAGGAAAGAGAUAAGUCAACUAAAACAAGAGAUUCAAGAAACUGAAAACUUUUGGCCCUCCAUAUUUAUAGAGCUCUUUUGUAUGGCAGCUGGUGUAUUACUGGGGCCCUCCAUGGUCCAGUGAAGAAAGUAGGCAGACUUUUUUUCAGAUUGGCUGAGAAUGUUUAGUAAAUAUAUUAUA